AUGCUGUCUAUAUUGGGGACUCGACAGUUCCAUUUGGGUUCAUUCAUUUAUAGAUCUAACUUAAAGUUUAAAUUAGAAGAGUUGCAAAAAUCCCAAAGACUGGUUAGAAAGACAAAACAGGAGCUUGAGAAGGUUAAAGAGAAGAAGAGAGUUAAGCUAAAGUCUUUGCAGAAAACAGGUUAUUCUAGUCAGCAGGCGGCUCAUGUGCUUAAGAAGCACUACGGCACUAAUAUCGAUGAUUUAGGAUCAUUUAAAAUUGGCCCUACUGCGAAGUCAGAUUUCAAAUUUCUAGAGAUGACCAAAGACAAAAGAUUGAUAUAUACGGUACUGGGGAUUACUGGUGAACAAUUGAGGGAUUCGAAGCUGGUUAACCAUGAUGUUCAGAAAUUUUGUAAUAGAGGGCAGCUUGAAAAGGCGUUGUUUUUAAUUAAGCUUGCCAAGAGCAAAGGUAGGGUUGGAAUGAAUACGUUAAUGAAACAUUAUUGUACGGAAAUGCAAGAUGCGACCAGUUCCCUCGAAUUGUAUACCUGUAGAAAGAAGUGGGGCAUUCAUCCGAACGAAUAUACGCAUACCAUCUUGUUUAGUGGUUUGGAGAAGCUGGAAAAACCUCUCUCUGAGAAAAAUGCCAAACAAGUUCUUAAAAUUGUGGAGUCAUUAAGUACUGCUGGGACUUUGAAUCAAAUAGAAUUUAAUGCAGCAUUAUCAUGUCUCAGGAAAUGUGAAAAUCCAGAAUACGUGUUUAAGUGUCUAGAGCUAAAGCCGGCUGGUGUUACACUAGAUAAAAUUGCAACUUCCCAACUAUUACAGGCAGCUACGAAGAUUGAGAAUGAUAUUGAAGCGAUUGCUAUAGGAGAUAAAAUCAUGUCUAAAGUACUCCCAAAAGACAUUGAUCCACAACUGUUAUUUUAUUUAAUCAAUCUUUGGAAUAUGCGCAAAAGUUCACACUUGUCCAGCUGUGCAACAAUUAUGAUUUUGGACUUCUUUGACCUGGAUAUAGAAAGCCCAUUCGAUAUCGUAAAAGGAAUUAACCUCCCAACUCCCAAAUAUUGGAACAUCAAGAGCAGAUUUCGUUUGAACACUCAUAUCACAAAUUUACUUUUGGAAAACUUAAUUAAAAAUAAUAAGUCUGAGUCGAUAACCACCAUCUUUGAAAGGUUGGCGAACGAAAGACCCAAAUGCCUAGAUGAAGAUUGUUACAUCAAAGUUAUGGAAGCGAAAAUCAACACAAGCCCAACAGACUGUGUUACAUAUAAUAUAAACAUGUUUAGACUACUCAAUAGUAGUGAACACAAAUCUAGCUUGAGGAGCUUGCUACAAGUCUACAAAUCCAUGGAAAGGCAGUUAACUAGAGUGUACGUCAAUGGAAACACGGAAACAUUAGAGAAGACUAUGGAACUGGUGCAUUGUUUUUUGAUUGAAAACGAUUCUUACAGGAGUGGAACUGACAUGUUACUUGGUAUCAACGCAUGGUACUCGUACUGGAGAAUCAUUCAUCAGGCCAACAAAAGGGAUUUGCUAACGUUCCAAAGGAGGAAGAUUAUAAUAGACACAUUCAUAUCCAGUUACAACAAUGGUUUAUUGAAACAAAAAAUUUCUAAAAGCGAAAUUCAGAAAUUAAGAUCAAUCUACCUAGAGGCAAUCAGGUUUCUAAAAGCUUUCCAUGACAAGAUAAACGUCGAUCUUACAAUUAUUGAUACACUUCCAGAAAACUCUGUUGAAGUACAGAGAUUCAACUUCAGAAGGCUACUCUUUAGAUUUAAGAAGAAGCUGUUAAAGGAACUAGAUCUCGUUGAGUCGGGAAGCCAGAUUUCCCAAGAAGAGCAAUCAGUCAUCCAGUUAGGUAGCAGGAUUUUGAAUACGCCACUACCUGAUGAAAUCGUAUAG